AUGGCACAAAGUUCAUUGAAUGGAGAUGUCUAUUUUGCAACAACUGUUGUUUCUUCAGUGAGAAGGAUUAAUACAAAUAAUCUAAUUACAACAAUUGCUGGUAAUAAUCAAAUUGCAUAUAGUGGUGAUGGUGGAUUAGCUAUUGCUGCUUCAUUUAGAAUUCCAUAUGGUGUUGCUCUUGGAAUGAAUGGUGAAUUGUUCAUUACUGAUACUAAUAAUAAUGUUAUUAGAAAGGUUUCGUCUACAAUUGGAAUUAUUACAACCAUUGCUGGAAGUGUAACAGGUGGAUAUAGUGGAGAUGGUGGAUUGGCCAUUGCUGCUAAACUAUCUAGUCCUUAUGGAAUUGUGGUUGACCAAUUGAAUGGUACAAUUUAUGUUUGUGAUUUUGGGAAUUCUCGUGUUCGUAAAUUAGUGCCAUAUUGUACUAAGGGAACAUUAGUGAAUGGUAAUUGUGUAUAUCCUGUAUGUUAUGAUUUGGAUUUUGAUGAUGUGAGAGUUUGUUCAGGUCAUGGAAAUUGUCAAAGUUCAAAUCAUUGUAAUUGUCAAGAGGGUUGGAAUGGAAGUUUAAAUUGUUCAAUAUUUUCAUGUGAAAGUAUUGGAAAUUGUAAUGGAAAUGGAAAAUGUAUUUCCAAUAAUACAUGUGAAUGUCAAUCAGGAUGGAAUUCUACAUUUGAUUGUUCACAAUUUGAAUGUAAUGACCUUAAUAAUUGUAAUGGAAAUGGUCAAUGUAUUUCUAAUAGUACAUGCGAAUGUCAAUCAGGAUGGAGAGGAAAUUCACAAUGUUCUGCUACCAGUUGUGAUGCUCUUUCUCAAUGUAAUGGAAAUGGAAAAUGUAUUUCUAAUAACACAUACACACCAGGUCAGGAAGAAUUAAGACCUUUAUCUUAUGAUAAACCAUCCAAAUGUCACAUUUUUAUAAUGUGCUAUGCAAUAUCGAGUCCAGUAAUGAUGAUUAAGUGUUUGGAGGAUUUUUCUGAUAGAUUUCUUCCAGAAAUUCAAUCAUUUUUGGAUUACAACAGGUCAGUGUUGGUAGUUGGAACAAAAUCUGAUAUUUGUGAUUAUUCAAAAACAGGAGAUUUUCGUUUGGGAAAAUAUUGGAAUAGUUAUUUGUGUAAAAAGUAUGAUUCGUAUGGAAAGAAACUGUCUCAGUGGAUGGGUGCUGUGAGUUAUGUUACAACAUCUUCGAGAGAGUUUGUUGGACUGGAAGAAUUGGAAGAUUUAAUUGUCAAGACGUUUAUCUAUUCGAAACUUAUCAAAGCUCCAAACAAAAAGGAAAAAUGCAUAUUGUGCUAA